UCCAGCACCACAUUCCGCUUGUUCUGAACACCCUCACCUCCUUCAGCACCUCCCCAGCUCACCACUCCUGCGCGCGAGCGGAUUCACCACUUUCUAACCUCUUUUGUUUAUUUUCUCUUGGGUUGUUUUUUGUUUUGUUUUGUUUUUUAUCCACCGGAUAUUCACUCGGAUAUCUCUGGACUUCAUGACACAUCUCGGACACGCCUGAGGAACGGAGCCAGUUAUGGACCAGAAUCUUUUUGGAGGAGCCCCUCGGUUCCUGACCCGGCCCAAAGCAUUCUCCCUCAGUGUGGGUCGGGAUGCUACCCUCAGUUGCACUGUUGUGGGGACCCCUGUUCCUGCCGUCACCUGGGAAAAAGACAAACUGCGCAUUUCCACUGGAGGGCGCUUCAAAACCAUAGAGGAUGGAGAUGUGUAUCGACUCACCAUCUAUGACCUGACGCUGGAGGACAGCGGGCAGUACAUGUGCCGCGCCAAGAAUAAUGUCGGUGAAGCUUACGCAGCUGUGACACUGAAGGUGGGUCUUCCAGCAACAGCAGUCGAUCGAGUGCCGGCAUUCACGGUGAAGCCCGUCUCCACCAGAGUGGGUUUGGGUGAUGAUGUUACCUUCUUCUGUCGUGUGGCAGCUCACCCUGCUCCCAAAUUUGACUGGGAGAAGGAUGGACGUUAUCUAGGUGAGACCAAUCGCAUCAAGAUCACAUCGGACAGCGAGUCCAGCUCCGUGCGUAUUCAGAGCGUCAGGAGUAUGGACAGUGGUAAUUACACCUGCCGGGCUCAGAACUCCAUCGGUCGAGCUCAAGCUGCUGCCACUCUGGUGGUGGACAUGCAGGACACGCGACUUCUCAAAACCGACAAAAGCACCUCCCUCCUGUCUCACCUGCAGAAGCGCAAAGAGGAGAUGUGUAAGGACAUUUCCCUUUACCACACGACUGAGAGCUACUCCCUGUCCUCCUCAACCUCCUCUAAUAUCAUGGAAGGGCUUAACAAGUUGGGCCUUGCCUCUGAUCAGGAGCAGCGAGUCUCAGCUUUGGCUGGCAAACUGCCCAAAGGCGUCUUCACUCGAACCUGCAUGGUGACCGAGGGCAAGCACGCCAAGCUCAGCUGCUUUGUCACGGGCCACCCCAAACCCCAGAUCAUCUGGAGGAAGGAUGGGGUGAACAUCAUAGAGGGUCGUAGGCACAUCAUGUAUGAGGACCAAGCAGAGAACUUCAUUCUCAAAGUCCUGUACUGCAAGCAGAGUGAUAAUGGCCUCUACACCUGCAACGCCUCCAACUUAGCUGGACAAACCUACAGCGCUGUUCUGGUGAUUGUAAAAGAGCCAACAGUAUCUUUUAAGAAGAAGCUGAAGGAUGUAGAGGUGAAGGAGAAGGAGUCGGCCAUGUUGUUGUGUGAGGUGCCCAUGCCGAGUACUCAGGCCUCCUGGUUCAUGGAGGAGACUCGCCUGGAGGAGAACGCAAAGUACCGCAUGGAGCAGGACGGUACGCUGCGUCGCCUCACCAUCCACAACGUCACGACCAACGACGAUGCUGUUUACAUCUGCGAAAUGAAGGAAGGGAGUCGCACUGUGGCUGAGCUCACUGUUCUGGGAAACAUCACCAAGAAGUUGCCCAGAAGGACAGUUGUGCCGGUGAGUGAUACAGUGAUCUUCUGCGUGGAGCUCGAGCACCCUGUGGAAGAUGCUUAUUGGACCAGGAAUGGAGAGAAGCUGAAGGAGGAUUCCAGGGUCAUUAUUGCUCGCACACUUAAACAGUACACCCUCACCAUCCGUGACUGCACUACAGAAGACUCGGGCGAGGUGGCGUUCAUUGCUGGCGACUGCAAGACCUCCACACGAUUCUCAGUUACAGCACCAAGGAAGCAUCCUCCAGAUCCCCCAGUUAAACCGAUUGUGUUGAACAAGACGGACAGCUCCAUCACUCUGAGCUGGUCUCGACCAGACAGCGAGCGGCCUGUACCCAUCAACGGCUACGUGGUGGAGAGGAGGAAGGUGGGAGCUCAGACGUGGGUUCGAGUCACGGGCAUGGAGCUUGUGUCAACUAGCCAAUACACCAUCAGCAACAUCACUGAGGAGGGCAGCUACCAGUUCCGCAUUUCAGCCAUUAACGAUUUUGGUCAGAGUGCCUAUCUGGAGGUUCCUGGAACGUAUUAUCUUGAGCCGACUGCCUCAGUGACAUCAGGUCUGCGAAGCUGCACUGCCGUGUGUGGCGAAGAGGCCACCUUCAGCGUGGAGCUCUCCGCAACGUGCUCUGGAAGUUGGACUCUGAAUGGCCAGCUGAUCCGCAGCGGCGCAGACUACCUCAUAACUCGCUCGAAGACCACGCACACGCUGGUGAUCAGGGAGGUGACCGCGUCACUGGAUGGAGCUCAGGUCAAAUUCGUGGGUGGAGGAUCAGAAAGCGUCUGCACUCUCAGUGUAAAAAUUGCUCCGGCACGUUUUACCAAGAAAUAUUCUGAAGUGGAGAUCUUCAGGUUCAGCGCACACUCCUCUGCCCAGCUCUACACAGAGGUGUCAGACGCCAGCGUCCAGGUCUCCUGGAUGAAGAACGGUAAGGAAUUAAGGAUGGGCAAAAAGUAUGAGGCCUCCAGUGUGGGAUGUAAACGCACUCUGACAAUUCAUAACGUGACUCACGAGGAUGCAGGGAUUUAUGAGUGUGUGUGUGAUGGCGAUAAGAUGUCCAUCCAGCUUGCUAUUAAAGAGGAAGCAGCGAAGUUUGUGAACAAGCCCAAGACUCAACCCCUGGAGGUUUCUCCCUCGAUGGGUGAUGUGGCACUGAGUUGUGAGGUGGCGUCGCCUACAACUACUGUUGUGUGGAAGAAGGAGCAUAAAGAAAUAGCAGAGGACAACAGAGUGACCUUCGUGUCCCAGGGGACACAGAGAAAGCUGGUUAUCAAAGGAGCCAAGCAGAGCGAUGAAGGACACUAUUCAUGUGAGACGACAGAGGACAAGGUCACAUUCAGGGUCAAAAUACAAGAAAUUCAGGCCACUUUCAUCAACAAGAGCACCUAUCAGAAGGAGGUGAAAGUUUCCACUUCUCAGAAAGCCAUGCUGAGCUGUGAAGUCUCUGACUCCAAAUCUGAGGUGAAAUGGUAUAAAGACGGCAAACAGCUGAUCUCCAGUAAGACCGUCCACAUGGAGACGAAAGGCAAAAUCCGUCAACUGGUGUUGGACAGUGUGGAGAAGAAGGAUGCAGGAGAGUACACCUGUGAAGUUGGAAACGAGAAACUGGCCUUUAAGAUUCAGGUGACAGCUGCCCCAGUAGAAACGCAAGCUCUAGCAACCUUUGUGAACAAGGACACCUAUCAGAAGGAUGUGAAAGUUUCUGCCUCUCAGAAAGCCAUGCUGAGCUGUGAAGUAUCCGACUCUAAAACUGAGGUGAAAUGGUAUAAAGAUGGCAAACAGCUGAUCUCCAGUAAGACCGUCCACAUGGAGUCAAAGGGCAAAAUCCGUCAACUGGUGUUGGACAGUGUGGAGAAGAAGGAUGCAGGAGAGUACACCUGUGAAGUUGGAAAUGAGAAACUGGCCUUUAAGAUUCAGGUGACAGCUGCCCCAGUAGAAACGCAAGCUCUAGCAACCUUUGUGAACAAGGACACCUAUCAGAAGGAUGUGAAAGUUUCUGCCUCUCAGAAAGCCACGCUGAGCUGUGAAGUAUCCGACUCUAAAACUGAGGUGAAAUGGUAUAAAGACGGCAAACAGCUGAUCUCCAGUAAGACGGUCCACCUGGAGUCAAAGGGCAAAAUUCGUCAACUGGCGUUGGACAAUGUGGGGAAGAAAGAUGCAGGAGAGUACACCUGUGAAGUUGGAAAUGAGAAACUGGCCUUUAAGAUUCAGGUGACAGAACCUCAAGCAAUUUUCAUCAACAAGGAUUCCUAUCAGAAGGAGGUGAAAGUUUCUGCCUCUCAGAAAGCCACACUGGGCUGUGAAGUGUCUGACUCUAAGAUGGAGGUGAAAUGGUAUAAAGACGGCAAACAGCUGAUCUCCAGUAAGACGGUCCACAUGGAGUCAAAGGGCAAAAUCCGUCAACUGGUUUUGGAUAGUGUGGAGAAGAAGGAUGCAGGAGAGUACACCUGUGAAGUCGGAAAUGAGAAGCUGGCCUUUAAGAUUCAGGUGACAGAACCUCAAGCCACUUUCAUCAACAAGAGCACCUAUCAGAAGGAGGUAAAAGUUUCCGCCUCUCAGAAAGCCACACUGAGCUGUGAAGUGUCCGACUCCAAAACUGAGGUGAAAUGGUAUAAAGACGGCAAACAACUCAUAUCCAGUAAGACCGUCCACAUGGAGACGAAGGGCAAAAUCCGUCAACUGGCGUUGGACAGUGUGGAGAAGAAGGAUGCAGGAGAGUACACCUGUGAAGUUGGAAAUGAGAAACUGGCCUUUAAGAUUCAGGUGACAGCUGCCCCAGUAGAAACGCAAGCUCUAGCAACCUUUGUGAACAAGGACACCUAUCAGAAGGAUGUGAAAGUUUCCGCCUCUCAGAAAGCCAUGCUGAGCUGUGAAGUAUCCGACUCUAAAACUGAGGUGAAAUGGUAUAAAGAUGGCAAACAGCUGAUCUCCAGUAAGACCGUCCACCUGGAGUCAAAGGGCAAAAUUCGUCAACUGGCGUUGGACAGUGUGGAGAAGAAAGAUGCAGGAGAGUACACCUGUGAAGUUGGAAAUGAGAAACUGGCCUUUAAGAUUCAGGUGACAGAACCUCUAGCCACUUUCAUCAACAAGGACACCUAUCAGAAGGAGGUAAAAGUUUCCGCCUCUCAGAAAGCCACACUGAGCUGUGAAGUGUCUGACUCAAAAACUGAGGUGAAAUGGUAUAAAGACGGCAAACAGCUGAUCUCCAGUAAGACCGUCCACAUGGAGUCGAAGGGCAAAUUUCGUCAACUGGUGUUGGACAGUGUGGAGAAGAAGGAUGCAGGAGAGUACACCUGUGAAGUUGGAAACGAGAAGCUGGCCUUCAAGAUUCAGGUGGCAGAACCUCUAGCCACUUUCAUCAACAAGGACACCUAUCAGAAGGAGGUAAAAGUUUCCGCCUCUCAGAAAGCCACACUGAGCUGUGAAGUGUCCGACUCCAAAACUGAGGUGAAAUGGUAUAAAGAUGGCAAACAGCUGAUCUCCAGUAAGACCGUCCACAUGGAGUCGAAGGGCAAAUUUCGUCAACUGGUGUUGGACAAUGUGGAGAAGAAGGAUGCAGGAGAGUACACCUGUGAAGUUGGAAAUGAGAAGCUGGCCUUUAAGAUUCAGGUGACAGAUGUCGCUGCUAAAUUCCAAAAGAAACCCAGUAUGAAGGAAUCUAUAGCUGUGCAAGAAACCGAGAACAUUAUCCUGACCACUGUGGUAACAGCAGAACACACUAAUGUUAGUUGGUUCAGGGACGGAGUAGAGCUGAAGGAGGGUGAUAAGUACGAAAUGAAGAGAGAAGGUUUGUCUAGUGUCCUUAUCGUUAAGUCUUCUGAGGCAAAGGAUGGAGGCACUUACACUUGUCAGACAGCUGAGGACAAGAUGGAAUUCCAGGUUCAGAUAAAAGAGUCUCCGCUAAAGUUUGUGGUUGGCUUGGAGCCAGUAUCUGUUGUCCUGGGCAGCACAAUGACUCUGUCGUGCCAGCUAAACAGAGCUUCAGGGGAUGUCCUAUGGAGACACAACAGCAAAGAAAUGAAGCCUGGAGGCAGAUGCGUCAUCCGUGCUGAUGGAGCUCAACGUUUACUGACAGUGUCUUCUGUAGUCCAGGAAGAUGAAGGAGAGUACAGUUGCGAAUGCAAAGGUGACAAGACUACUGCUAAGAUCACCACGAAAGCGCCACGUUUGGUGAAGUUAACGUCCAAGUUGAACAAUGUCGUGGCAAACGAAGGCAAGGAUGCUAUCUUUAAAUGUUCUGUCACUCCUGCGGAUGUGAACGUGAGAUGGCUGUUUAAUAACGUGCCUGUCACGGCUGGGCCCAAAUUCAAGAUCGCUCACGGAGGCACCAGCCAUUCACUCACGAUCUCUGCGGUCACACUAGAGGACGUGGGAGAAGUCAGUGUGGAUGCUGAAGGGAAAGUGUGUAAAGCGACUCUGCAAGUGCAAAAGCUCCCUGUUAUGUUUAUUAAGAAGCUUGAGAACAAAACAGUCCAAGAGCAGGACACUGUGGAGCUUGAGGUGGAAUUGAGUAGGCCGUCCACUGAGGUAAAGUGGAUGAAGAACGGCAUUGUGCUCCAGCCUGAAGGAAAUCUGAAGAUUCAAGUGGAUGGAGUUAAACAGACUCUGAUCUUUAAGAGUGUAACCUGUGCUGACCGAGGCCUCUACUCUUGUGAGACUCUGGAUGACAAGACUCAGGCCAAACUGACUGUAGAAGUGAAGAAGAUCCAAGUUGUUAAGGGCUUGAAAGAGAUGAAAGUCCAUGAACAGGAGACGGUAACAAUGGAGGUGGAACUCAGCCAGCCUGAUGUGGAAGCUUUCUGGACCAAAGAUGGCCAAAAACUGAGAGCAAGUCCCAAAAUCCUCAUUACAGCUCUGGGUAAUAAACAUUCCUUGACCAUGUCCCAGCUGAAGAUAGAAGACAGUGGGAUGAUCUCUUUCCAGGCAGAAGGUGUCCACACGUCUGCAAAACUCAUCGUCACAGAACCUCCUGCAAAGAUCCUCAGACCAUUAGAAGAUGUGACGACUUCGGAAAAGGACAAAGCCACCUUUGAGUGCGAAGUUUCCCGAGUGAAUGCUGACGUAAAGUGGUUUAAGAAUGAUGAGGAACUGAAACCAGGAAAGAGAUACAUGAUUCAUUCCCAAGGUCGGAAGCGUAGCCUCCUCAUCCAGAAGUGUACUUAUGAAGACCAAGGCUUGUACAUGUGCAAAACGACGGAUGACAACACAUCAGCCAAGCUGACCGUUCAUGCUCGUGACAUUAAGAUUAUUAAGCAGCUGAAGGAUUUGGAAGUGACGGAGAAAGAGAGUGCAGCGUUUGUCUGUGAGGUGUCGCAUGAUGAAGUGGAGGGUCAGUGGUUUAAGGGUGACGUCAAACUCAAAGCUGGGGACAACAUCAAGAUGAGACAAGAAGGGAGAACAUAUGUUCUACUCUUCAAAUCUGUGAAGCCUGAAGAUGCUGCUGAAAUCAAAUUCAUGGCUGAAAAGGCUUCAUCAGUCGCUAAGCUCACAGUCAAAGAACUGCCUGUGAGAUUCGUGAAGAAACUCCGAGACAAAAUUGCCAUGUACAAACACCGGGGAAUUUUAGAGUGUCAGGUAUCUCGAGCCAGUGCCCCGGUCACAUGGUAUAAGGGCAAGGACAAGAUCAAAGCCAGUAAGAAGCACGAAAUCUCCAGCGAGGAUGUGUAUCGUAAGCUCACCAUCAAUGAUGUGGACUCUGGGGAUGAAGCCACGUACAUGUGCGAUGCUGUUGAUGAAAAGACGUCAUGCAAGCUACUCGUGGAGGAGCAGGCCAUCAGCAUCGUCAAGGAGCUUAGUGCAGUGGAAGUGACCGAACCGUUCGCAGCUCACUUCGAGGUGGAAAUCAGUGUGGAAACAGUCAAGCCUGCAAAGUGGGUCCUGAAUGGACAAAGUCUGAGUGAGAGCAGUGAUGUUGAGAUCGAGAAGGAAGGCACUAUGCAUCGCCUUACAUUUAAGAAGACCAAGGUUUCCAUGUCAGGAACCGUGCAGUUCACAGCUGGAAAAAGCAAAUCAACGGCUCAGCUCACGGUGAAAGAGCGUCCCAUUGAGGUGGUCGAGCCCCUCAAAAAUGUGACCGUCGAAGAAAAGGCCUCAGCCAAGCUGUCAUGCAGGCUAUCAGCUGUUCCUAAAGAAGUGUGUUGGUUUAAGGGUCAGACCGCUCUGGAGGCAUCCAGCAAGUAUAUUAUGAAACAAAGUGGCACUGAAGUGCAGCUGGUCAUCCAGGCACUGAGUCCAGACGACGCUGACGAGUAUCGCUGUCAGACUGCAACCUGUGAGACCAAAGCCAUUCUCACUGUUGAAGUGCGUAACGUUCAGAUCACCAAACGCUUGACGGAUGUGGAGGUUGAUGAAGGCGGUGAUGCUGUGUUUACCUGUGAGGUGAAUUAUGCUGACGAGGAAGUUGAGUGGUUCCUCAAUGACAAGCCGCUGUUCAGCAACGAGGUUAAUGUUAUCCAACAUGUGAAUAAAACACAUACCAUUACCCUCAAGAACCUGGCACCUCAAGACGGUGGGAAGAUCACCUUCAAGAUUAGGGAAGAGAAGCAGACGGUCUGCCUGAAUGUGAAAGAAAAGAAAGCCGUCUUCCUUAAGUUGUUAGACGAUGUGAUUGGAGAAGAAAAGGGCACUGUAACUCUGAAAUGUGAAGCCUCAAAACCCACAGUGUCCCCUGUUUGGCGGAAAGGUGGUACCAUCCUUUCUGCCGACAGCAAGUAUGAGCUGUUACAUGACGGCAGGAUCCUGGGUCUGACGAUCCGGGACAUCACGCAGGCAGACGCCGGAGAGUACAGCUGUGAUCUUGGUACAGAUCUUACAAAAUCAAAGGUCACCAUUAGAGACAUCAGCAUUGGCAUCACAAAACGCUUGAAGUCCGUGGAGGCUAAAGCAGGUGAGACCUGCGUGUUUGAGUGUAUCCUCUCUCGAGAAAGCUCGGACGCGUGCUCGUGGAGCCUGAAAGGCCAACCUGUGACGAGCGGAGGGCGUUUCCAGAUUAGCAGCAAAGGGCGCAAGCACACACUUAGCAUCAAAAGAGUGACUGGGUCAGACUCAGGGGAGGUUGUUUUCACUCUCACGGACUUGAACUCGAAAGCAACGUUGUCUGUGGAAGGUGAAGUUCCUAUCUUCUCUAAAGAGCUCCAGGGUGUUAGCAUUACUCCUGGAAAAGAUGCUGUGUUCCUCGGUGAACUCUCUCAGGCUGGCUUGGAUGUUGUUUGGUGUGUGAACGGAAAGUCGAUCCAGAAGAGCCUAAAGUAUGAGAUUAUUCAGGAAAAUAAGGUUGUGAAGCUGAUUGUUCACAGUGUUACCGCUAAGGAUUCUGGAGAAUACAGCUGUGAGGUGACCGGUGGUCCGACCUCGAAAGCUCAACUGGAAAUCAAAGAGCCUGUGAACAAGUUCAUCCGUGAGCUCAAAGAUAUCACCGCGCAUGAAAAAGGUGCCAUCAGUUUUGAGUGUGAAACUGCCCAUCCAGCUUCCAAAGUCACUUGGCUGAAAGGUGUGAAGGAGAUCAAGGCAGGAAGAAAGUAUCAGAUGACAAAGAAGGAAAGAAUCCUCAUUCUCACAGUGAACGAUUUGGAGGAGGCUGACAGUGAUACGUACUCGUGCAGUGUAGGCACCGCCAAGAGUACGGCCAAGCUGACCGUUCAAGUUCUUCCAGCCAUUUUCACUCUUGAGUUGAAGGACCAGAAGGCUUUGGAGAAGGAAAGUGUCACCUGGUGCUGCGAGCUGUCUAAACCAGGUAUACCGGUUCAGUGGCGCAAAGGGGAAGUAGACCUUUGUUCUUGCGCCAAAUAUGAAUUCCGGCAAGAUGGCCACCUCGUCCAGUUGAUAAUCCAUGACCUUGACCCUGAAGACUCAGGAGACUACACCUGCGACAGUGGAGAUCAGAAAACUACUGCACACCUAGAAGUAAAGGCACUACCCAUUCUGUUUAAAAACCCUCUGAACAAGCUGGAAGGCGAAGCUGGGGAAACUGUCAUAUUCCGAUGUGAACUUACCAAACCAGGAGCGCCUGUAGUGUGGAGAAAAGAUCAGAAGAUCUUACAAUCCAGCAGCAAACACCAGUUAAGGCAAGACGGAGCAGUGGUCGAGCUAGUCAUCUACAGGCUACAGGAAGCAGAUGCAGGAGAGUAUUCCUGUGAUUCUGGGUAUGAAACGACUUCUGCCCAGCUCACGGUAAAGGAACUUGACAUUACUAUUGACACCGGGCUGAAGAGCUGCAUCGUUAACGAAGGAGAUGAUGUGUCCUUUGAGUGCUUUGUAUCUCAUGAUGGCGCCCAGAACGUGAAGUGGGAACUUCAGGGUGUUCCUCUCCAGAGCAACGAGAUGAAUGUAAUCCAAGUGGAAGGCAAAAGGCACUCGCUUACUCUAAGGAGUGUGACUGAGAAAGACUCAGGCACCGUGUCCUUCCACGUGGGGAGCCACACUUCUUUUGCUUGUCUCACCGUUAAAGCUGUCCCUGUGGUGCAAUUUACAAAAGACCUGCAGAACCAGGAAGCCAUAGAAGGAGAUAAAGCUACAUUAUCCUGUGAAACUUCAACCCCCGAUGCCCAUGUGACCUGGAAGAAGGACAGAAAAGUAAUUUCUGAAGGAGACAAGUAUUCCAUUCAGAAGAAUGGUACAAUCCAAACUCUGGUGAUCUACAAGCUAACGGUGGGCGACGCUGGAGAAUAUGUGUGUGAAGUCGGAGACAAACAAAGCAAAGCCACUUUAAGCGUUAAAGAACGUGUACGAAUUACAAGAGAACUUAAGGACGUAACAGUGACGACUGGCGAGGAUGCUGUGUUCCAGUGUGAGGUGUCCCAGACAGGAGUAACUAAUGCUGAAUGGUGGCUAGGCUCCAAUCACCUACAGAGCAAUGACUUGAAUCAGAUCAGCAUCCAAGGGAGGGAACACAGCCUAGUGUUAAAAAUGGUCACACCUGAUGAUUCAGGAGACGUGGCCUUUGUGGUUGGCUCUGAGAGGAGCGUUGCUUCUUUGGUGGUGAAGGAGAAACCCAAAGAAGCCCCGGCCUUCUUCCUCAAGGAAUUGGAGAACCUAGACACUGUCGAAGGUGACACGGUUACGCUCCGCUGUGAACUUUCUAAGCCCAGCGUCAAAGUAGAGUGGCGUAAAGGGGGAGUAGUCCUGCAACCCGGUAAGAAGUUUCAGCUGAAGCAAGAGGGAUGCAUACAAGAGCUUCACAUAUACGACCUGAAACCAGAGGACAGUGGCUAUUAUACCUGUGAUGCUGGAAAUCAGUUAACAACAGCCUCCCUUUCAGUGCAAGAGGCUGAGGUGCUCAUAGUGUCUGGUAUAAAAAGCACUGAUGUCUUUGCGGGAGAGCAGGCAGUGUUCUCCUGCCAGCUGUCUCGCCGUGCCAAAGGGAGAGUCCAGUGGUGGCUGGAUGGCACCCGUUUGGAGAACAGUCCCUUCAGUGUUAUUGGGGUGGGUGAAGACAAUAUUCACACCCUCACCCUAAAGAACCUGGCACCAAAUGACUCGGGCACCGUCCUGUUCAAAACGGGAAGCUUGACAUCCUCGGCUAGGCUGUUAGUUAAAGAUCCUACUGUGGAGGUAGUCAGUGCCAUGGAGGAUAUCUACAUAGCAGAGAACCAGCCUGCAGAGUUCAUCUGCCAGUUCUCACGGCCAGUCAGGGCCAUAUGGAAGCAAAACGGGCAACCCGUGCAACCUGAUGGCCACAGGCUUAUAGUGGAGGAAGACUGGACUGUAGCACGAUUGUACAUUAGCCGGGUAACCACACAGGAUGUGGGUGUAUACUCCUGUGAGGCAGAUGGCACCUGUGUUGAGGCACACCUUAGGGUGCAAGCUAAACCCAUUGAGAUCAUUCAAGGUCUGGAUAAUGUGGAGACCAUUGAAGGUGGUGAGGCACUUUUUGAGUGCUCCCUAUCUGUCCCCGAGUCUAAAGACUGCCGGUGGUUGGUUGAUGGAAGACCUGUGAAGGAAUCCGCAAAAGUGGAAAUCGUUUGCUUCGAGAACGGUCGUCGCCAUCUUUUGCUGCUGAAAGACUUGAGAGCUGGUGACAACUGUACAGUAACCUUUCAGGCUGGCACUGCCUCCACCUCUGCCCUUCUCUCAGUCAAAGGGUGGCAACUGGAAGUGGUGAAACCCUUGGAGGACAAGACCGUUGUUGUUGGCGAGCAGGCGGAGUUCACUUGUGUCCUGAAUGAGCCUGUACCAGAGAAAGACGUGAACUGGUAUGCUAAUGGUUCUGAACUUCGGCCAGACGACAUUUGGGCGAUGAAGAAUAAUGGAUGUGCAUGCACCCUAAUUCUGAAAAAAGCCCAAGCCCGGCCACCACUGGAGAUCACGUUUGCUGCUCAGGAUGCCAUUUCAGUGGCCAGGCUAGUGACUAUUGCUGUACCUGACCCCCCUGAGGAUCCCGAGCUGGUCACUAAAGGACCAACAUCAGUGACUCUGUCCUGGUUCACACCUCUCAGUGAUGGUGGAAGCCCAAUCCUGGGAUACCGUGUAGAGAUGCGGCAAGUGGAUAGUGCUCUAUGGCAGCUCUGCCAUGAAGAACCAGUGUGCAAUACUGAGUUUACGGUGGAAAACCUUAUCCCUGGCAAUGGAUACAGAUUCCGGGUGGCUGCUAUUAACUGUGCUGGGAUUGGUGACUCUGUCCAGCUUCCUCAAACUGUUACAUUGGAUGCACCAGUGACAAUUGCCAAGAAGUUAAAUGCCUCUGAGCUCCAAAAGGGGAAGGUUGCCCCUCUGGAGAGCGAGCUUUCAUCUGAGAAUAAGCAGGUCGUCUGGCAAAAAGACCAUCAGGAGAUUGAGAUGGGAGCCAAAUACCAGGUGGUAACAGAGGGCAAAUCCCAAAUUUUGCUCAUUAAGGAUUUCCAGCCUGCUGACCAGGGGGUCUAUUCUUGUGUGGCCUCAGAAGAGGUGAAAACCUCAAUAAACCUUGACCUUGAAGGAGAUGCUACAGUGAUACCCCAGCCUGAGGAAGGUGGCCAGCCUGGCUUGCCCCCUGAGGCUGCCUCUGAGGGAGAUCUACAUGUUUUAUGGGAUGCUGUGGCCAAGAAGAGGAGGAUGAGCAGGGAACCCACACUGGACUCCAUAUCUGAGCUGCCAGAAGAAGAUGGUAAAGAGAAGACGCAAAAUCAGGAGGAUAAAGGCAUGGAGAAAGAGCAGAUCAAAGAGAAAGAGAAGCCCAUCGAAAUCAAAUCAGAGCUAAAUCUUUAUACCAGUUCUGAAGAUGAGUCCAGUCUGGUGUCUUACCUUAAAAAGAGCAGCAAAUCCGCUGUCACGGUGACAAGCGAAAUUGAAACUACUGCAUCCCAGAAGCUUUACGAACAUUUUCAAAUGACUGAGAAAUCAGUGCAGCAGACCACAGCAGCACCACCAUUUGAGAUCACUAAGGAUGACGACAAGGAUGAGCUGCAGGAAGCAGCCAUCAAAAUCCAAGCUGCCUUCAAAGGCUACAAAGCCAGAAAGGAUAUGCGACCUGUCUUUAAAGAGGUCUUUAAGGACCAGAACAAAGAACCAAAUAUGACAAUUCAUCUUGAGUGUAUUGCAGACGGCAAGCCAGACAAAGUUCGCUGGCUGAAGGACGGUAAACCAUUGGUAGAUGGCAAACACCACCACAUCGACAUAUACAAUGAUGGGACUUGCUCUCUGAUUGUGCCAGCUGCUACAACUAAUGACACUGGGGUGUACACUUGUGAGGUCACAAAUAAGUUUGGCGUUGCGUCCCACAGUGGAAAAGUCAUCGUUGGCUCUGUGCGAGAGUCAUCAGGACGUCGUCCAUUAACUCUCGGUUAUAGUGCGGACAGUGAGCCUGAGAGCUCUGGCAGCGAGAUGGAUGAGUCUUUACGACAGGCAAGCAGGAGGCUUCAGAAGCUGCUUCGUACACGUCUUCCACCAAACGUGGAGGAGGAACCUUUUGUAAGUGCCGAUGAGGGUGACCUGCAGCCACCGGAUCCACAUUCAUAUCGUGAAGAUGACAGCUACAUCUACAUCCGCUUUGACACCCGUAGCGAAGCUCAGGUUGCAUCCCAGCGAUUCCAGGAGAUGUUUACCCACCAAGGUGUGCCUAUAGACACCACUAUUAUUGAAACCGGAACUAAGAUAGAACUUCGCAUCAAGAAGAUGGGAUUCAGCCAAGAUGGUUCCCAAACUCCAACUAAAGAAAAGCCGGUUUUCAUGUCGGGACCACCUGCAGCCCCAGUCUUCCUGACACAGCUCCAAAACCAGGAAGUCCCAGACGGAUACCCGGUCAGCUUUGACUGUGUGAUCAUCGGCAAACCCUCUCCCAGCAUACGGUGGUUCAAAGAUGGGAAAGUGCUACAAGAAGAUGACCAUUAUAUGAUCAACGAAGACCAAGAGGGCUGCCAUCAAUUGAUCAUUACAACUGUACGGCCAUCCGACAUGGGCGUGUACCGCUGUGUGGCUGAAAAUGACAGUGGCAUUGCUUCCAGCAAGGCGGAGCUUAGGGUGGAAAUGUCUUGCAGCUCUGACUACGACACAGCAGCUGACGCCACAGAAACAUCUUCAUAUAUUAGUGCUAAAGAUUAUGUGUCAAGUUCUGAGCACAGAGACACGGAGGCGUUUGAAUCGGUGGUGGAGGACGAGCAGCUUCCUCAAGUGGUGGAUGAGCUACAUGACCUCUAUCUCAGUCCUGGAGCACCCAAUGCUAAGAUGAGCAUCAGAGUCAAAGGAGUCCCCACACCAAAGGUUUACUGGUUUAAGGAUGGCGUGGCGCUGUCACCCACAGACAGGGUUUUACUGUCGACAGAGAGAGGCGUGUACAGUCUGGAGAUUGCGGAGGUGACGUGUGAAGAUAGUGGCGAGUAUUCUGCCUACAUCAGCAACGCAGCUGGAGCUGCCUACUCCUCCGCACGCAUGGUUGUGCGUGGUCCAGGCGAUCGCAUUCCUGAGACUCUGAAGAUUAGAGACUCCAAAGAACCUCUGGUACCGCCACGUUUUCUGGAGAAGUUCUGCAACCGGACAGUGAAACAAGGAGCGAGCAUCACACUAUCUGUCAAAGUGGAAGGCUCUCCGACUCCCUGUGUGAACUGGCUGAAGGAAGAAGCACUGAAGGAUGUUUUGUGGAUUAAAGCAGACACACCCGGAUACAAGAUCGCCAGCUCUGGCUUCCAGCAUAGCCUAAUCCUGAUGGAUGUAGGGAAGGAGCACAGCGGCACCUACACCUGCAUCGCCAGCAACCGCGCUGGCCAGUCCGUCAACACCGCCCGUCUGGACGUGGACCAAGGUUCGACCACUUUCCCCACAGGACAGCAGAGCAUCGUUACACCAGAGAUUUGUGGGAUUACAGUCAGCCCCCCAGAGGAAGAAGGCAAAGGAGAGCCUAAGCUGCCUUACCUGGCUGGAGUCGAUACUGCUGAAUUCUUACAGAAGCUGACGUCCCAGAUCACUGAGAUGGUCUCUGCCAAGAUCACACAAGCCUCAUUACGUGUGCCGGGAGCUGACAGUGAUGAUGAGAGUAAGACUCCCUCUCCGUCUCCGUACCACGGCCGCUCACGUCCCGCUUCACUGAUCGCCGACUCUUCCUCAGAAUCGGAUGAGGGUGAUGCCCGAGGAGAGAUGUUUGAUAUUUACGUAGCGACAGCAGAUUAUAACCCCAUGGGCCUGAGUAAAGAGAGCAUCGCUCUAAAGGAAGGGCAGUAUGUGGAGGUCCUGGACUCGGCUCAUCCGCUCAAAUGGCUUGUGCGCACUAAACCCACCAAGACGACACCCUCACGUCAAGGCUGGGUCUCUCCAGCAUACCUUGACAAGAAGCUGAAGAUUUCUGCAGAUACAGGAGAAGUCUCAGAGACCACAGGAGAGGAGGUCACUGAGGGAGAGUACAAAAGGAAGCUCUGUCAACUCAUCCAGGAGCUCAUUACCAGUGAGAAGGAGUUUAUAAAGGAGAUGGACUUCGUUACAUCGCACCAUCUGAAGCAUAUUGACGAGGAGAGCACGCCGCCUGAAAUCCUCAGUCACAAGGAGGCCAUCUUCCGCAACAUUAGUGACAUCAGUUCUUUCCACAGCAGCUCUUUUCUCCCUGGGCUGCAAGACUGUGACACAGAUGAUGACAUAGCCAUGCGCUUCCUAAAAAACACAGACGGAUUUGAGAAAUAUCUGCAGUACUUGGUAGGUCAGGCUAAGGCCCAGGCUGCCAUUAGUGAGAAAGAUGUUCACCAGUAUUUCAAGAAAUACACAGAUAUAGAAUUGGCAAAUGUGGAUCCUGCAGAAGGUCCAGUACUGAGUGUGAACAGUUAUCUCCAGAGACCACUGGAUAGAAUCCAGAAAUACAAGGACCUCUUAAAGGAGUUGAUCAAAAAUAAGGCGAGGAAUGGACAGAACUGCUGUCUUCUAGAAGAGGCCUAUGCCAUGGUUUCUUCUCUUCCCACACGCUCUGAAAACACGCAUCACGUCUCCCUCAUUGAGAACUACCCCGCUAACCUGGAAGCUUUAGGAGAGCCCAUCAGACAGGGACCCUUCAUAGUGUGGGAGGGCGCUCCAGGAGUCAGAACCUCUUCAAGAGGCCAUCACCGUCACGUCUUCCUCUUCAAAAACUACAUCAUCAUCUGCAAACAGAAGCGAGACACGAACACAGACGUCCAAACAUACACAUUCAAGAACAUGAUGAAGCUCACCAACAUUGACGUGAAUGAGACUGUGGAAGGAGAUGAGAGGGCAUUUGAGAUUUGGCACGAACGUGAGGACUCUGUGAGGAAGUACACACUGCAAGCACGCACCGUCAUUCUGAAGAACUCCUGGCUCCGUGAACUCCGCAACCUCCAGCAACGCUACAGCAUGCCAGCAUGGAGUCCACCUGAUUUUGAGGCAGUGUUGACUGACUGCACAGCAGAAUUGGGACAGACGGUCAAACUGGCUUGUAAAGUCACAGGAUCUCCGAAACCCGUAGUGGCCUGGUUUAAAGAUGGCAGGGCUGUGGAGGUCGACCCUCACCACAUCAUUAUCGAGGACCCUGACGGUUCCUGCACACUCAUCCUAGAUAACAUGACUGCUGAUGACUCUGGCCAGUACAUGUGCUUCGCCACCAGUGCUGCAGGAAAUGCCAGCACUCUGGGCAAGAUUACAGUACAGGUACCGCCACGCUUUGUCCACAAGUUGAGGAAUGCUGCAUUCAUCGCAGGAGAGGAUGCUCAGUUCACUUGCACAAUACUAAGUGCUCCAAGUCCAAAAAUAAGGUGGUUUAAGGAGGGCAAACUGCUAACAGACCAGGAAAAGUAUCAGACAUACAGUGAACCACGUAGCGGCGUGGUGGUUUUUGUUAUUAAGAACCCCGGAGAGAAAGACCUGGGGCGUUAUGAAUGUGAGCUGUCUAACCGGCUGGGCAGUGCGAGGUGUGCGGCAGAGCUGGUUCUUCCUACAGUGGCGAUGGCAGGGGGAGAGCAGGCCAUCACUAUCGAAGUUACAGAGCAAGAGACUAAAGUACCAAAGAAAACCAUAAUCAUAGAGGAGACCAUCACCACUGUCGUGAAGAACACGCGAAUGAAGCGCCACGCGUCUCCCCGCACGUCCUCUAUGGGAGUUUACCGCUCCGAAGCCUCCACCCCCGAACCCCCACGACAGAGAAGGAUGCUGCCUAGAAAAACCGUACCCACUCUGUACGUCACGGAACCCGAGGGCACCGCAGCUAGGAGCCCCAAAUGGGUCGAGGUUGAAGAGAUUAUUGAGUAUAAAGUGAACAAGUCACCAAAGCUGCCGAGGAGAAGAGGUGCUUCCCCCAGCAAGAGACAACCACCUGAUAACCCUAACGUUAACAACUCUAACAACAAGUUAGUGGAGGCAAUGCAAGUGUCCGGGGCUAGCAUGGAUUCACAAACUUUCUCUUGGGACAGUGAGGCAACAAAUGAAUCCGAAACAGCGAUUUUGGAUUCUCCAGAAGUGGAAGUCGUGGAUUUUGAUCAGCCAUGCGUCUUGAUGGAAAUGGACACGGACACCGAUGAUAAUCAGGCAGCCGCAUGUGAGGAUUGUAGCAAUGACAUCUUAGAUGAUGGGAAUAAAGUGUUCACCCUGGAAGACCUGGAGGAUUACGUUCCUAAAGAGGGUGAGACAUUUGGUUGUGGAGAUUCACAGGUACCUGCAGAGAAACCGUGUGAAAUUUCUGUUCUACAAAGAGAAAUUAAUGAACCCACCGUCGGUCAACCUGUAUUGCUAAAUCUGGGUCGUCCAAUAGCCAUCCCAAAAGUACGUCCUGGGUUCUUCAGUCGCUUUAAGGAGCACUUCUCUAACGUCUUUACCGACCCCUCUUCAGCUGGCUCAAGCGGAGAGAAGUUUGUACCAAUCCGUGUCAGCGGGGUGUCCUACAGCCAGUCUACAUCCAUUCCCGGAUCAUCAAGAAGUCACGGAACGAUGGAAGUAACUCGAAGUUACUGCUCCGAGGUUCAGCGAGGGACGGCUGGUGGUCAACCGAGCUUCAAAGCCCAAAUCUCUGCACCAGUUGGACAACCGGUUACUGUUCCGAUCCCCAAGAUGAACCAGUCUGGAAAGCCAUAACCUGGAAGAAAUCAGGCGACAGAGGCACAAAAUAUUGAUAAGAAAUCAAUGUAUCUGUCUUGUCUUAAAGGCCCUGUCAACUUUUCCUAACUAGUUUCUUACUUCUAGCUAUAGCUUCUGUGGUGGAUUUAUUUUCGACUACCAAUGAAAGAACAACUUUGGUCUCCAUACUCCAGGACUGGUUUGAGUUGAGCAUUAACGUGUAUGAGAAAGGUGACCUCGGGUAACACCAUGUACCAAUAUGAAUUAGCAAAAGUGAUUUCUCGCUCACUGUGGAUUUUAUAUACACCAUUUUGCGAAAACCACAAUGUUUUCUCAUUUUGACAAGCCAAAUGUGUAAAAAAUCAAAAACGACAACUUCCUGGUUCCUUCAUUUUCUAGCACUAACACUGUCAAUAUUUUAUUCAAUGAAAACUUUCCCCCCCAAAGAUUUUGCUAACAUGUUUAAAUUUCCUAGACAUAUUAUUACAAAACCGCAUGAUUGUUUGUUAAUCAGAUGUUACUAACCAAGUAAAGAAUGACAGCAUGUUGCAAGUCUGAAAAUAUGAAGCGUUAAAAUACGUAUGCAGAACAGAGAAGCCAGUCUAGCUAACACUUUUCUAGCUAACGAUUUCAGUUAGUUGAUUAAUUCUCUCUUUUCAAAAAGACAACAAUGAGCAAAAAUGAGGGAGAAAAGUUUUACUUGUGACGACAUUUUCAUCAGGUUUUUAUUCAGUGACGAAAAUGUUAUUUCGUCUUAUCUUUUGAGUAGAAGUGUGAAUUAUCGUUUAACUUUCAUCGCUGGGGGAAAAAAAGGUCACAGACAUUUUUUGCCUUUGCUUUGCCUUUUGCUUUGCCAAUUAUUAUGCACACAGUUUUUGUUUGUUUAUAUUUUUGUCAGUUUUUUUGGCAUAGUAUAAUUUUAUUAACAUACAGAUAUAUUUUUCAUAAAUUUAGCCUCGGUUAAUGCUUAUUUAGUGACAUCCAUGUGUUGACAGAGUCUUUUAAGCCGAACAUUUCGCUGAAGUUUUAGUUUUGAGCAGUAAAUAAAAUGCAAAUGGGAUCAUUCCAUAUUUUCCAGAAGGUCCUGAAAAACCCUCACAUAGGGCGACUAGGGGCAAAAACUGACUAAGAUACACUGAGAAUGGGAUUGAGUCUUGGAACGUUAAUCCUGUGUACACAAAAAAGUUGGAUUUUAUAUGACGUCCCAGCAUAUUAUACCAAAAUGCCAGAAUUAAUAAGCUUCCUCAGUAUUACAAUUAAUGCUUUCUCUUUAAAAUGGUACAUGACAAGACCUGACCUGCUGCACCUGAUACAUUCGUAGCAGCACCACA